UUAAUGCUUGACAGUCCUAGCAGGUAGUGAGAUAUUGCAGGAUCGUCUUUCAAUUCACGCCUGUUUCGCUCGACCAAACUUCAGAGAACCGUUACUUUUCAUGGCAGUAAAAAGCUGGCCUAUGACUGCACGCCGUGCAACGAGCAAAAUAUAUAGAGAUAACAAAACGGAAUUGGAACAGGACCCACACAUAAUUUGAAACGAAACCGCUCUGCCGGGACCGCGCAAUUAUGAUGAUUGCGCGCGCUGUUCAUUUCCCUCAGCACUAUGUGCCGCUGUAAUGGCAUACACGUAUGCCUGCCGGUAGACCGCAGUACCAUUAACCUAUAUCAGUUUUCCUGUAGGCUCCACGUGUGUGCCACUCGUCUGCAACUGCUGUGAGUGAUUUCAAGUGGUCGAAUUCAUACCGGCCGUGGAUAUCGGUGAAUUCCUGGUUUGUGAAUAGCUGCAUUGUCGUGUGUAUCUUCGGUGUCCAUGCAGCAUGGCCGUGCAGAUCUCUGGUUCCUGCCUCACGAGUUCAUGGAGGAAUAAAACAGGCUGAAUCGAGAGCGACUGUUGACGAGCGCCGCAACGCACAGCAGGUAUUCAUCAGAGCUGUUUAUUAAGACGAUGUUAUCGAGGCAAUCAACCUUGAGUGCGAUAUAUUGCUGACUCCGUGGCUGCCGUCAUUAGGCCGUCGACUCCCGUGAUGUAAUUUGUUUUUGAGACAGGAAUCGUUUCUAUCGCUACUGACGCGGAGUCUUUUGUGCACGCCCUGGUGUCAAACGGGGAGUGCGCGGUGCAUCAGUUUCAUCAUGGCGGCUGGGCUCAGCAAGCUGCUGCGACAAAGCAACCGCGCACCACCUAGCGCCCGACGGAAGAGGCACUCAUUUAGCCGCGUCAGGAAGCUCCGUAUCGGCAACCAGGAGAGUACGAACUCCCCGGAGAACUCUGUCACAGGUCCCAUCAGCAGUGGUGUUGGAGGGGGUGGUGGAAUGGGCGGCGGCGGGGAUAGUGGUGAAGGAGGGGGAGGAGAAGCAGGGGUGGGGAGCGGUGCACGGUCGAGGGUCGUCGCGCACAAGGAACCCGACAUACGGCGGGAGAUUAACACCGUGCGCUUUAGCGAUGACUCCUACAGCCCCUCGGAACACCACGGAGUGACGCUGCCUGGCAUGAUUCCGGCAGACACCCCGGCGCCCCCGGCCUCUGUCAAAGCCAAGAGUGCGCCAAUACUGAAGCAACAAGCGGGCGCGAGCACGUCAAAAUUCAAGCCGGCCGGGCAGGACAUUUCGUCUUCGGCUCUCGAGGACAUCCCCCAACCGACCAAAAAGUACGUGUCUAACGUGCGCACGCGGCGGGUAAUGAAGGAGUUCGAGGCUACCAACCGAAUCAGCCAAUCCGAGGACCCCAUGUUCGAGGUCAGUCUGGUGUCCGAUAACCUCUACGAAUGGUGUAUAAAGCUACUGAAGGUGGACCCCCUGUCGCAGCUUCACAGCGACAUGAAGGCGACGAACACUACCUCAAUCGAAUUCAACAUGACGUUCCCGGACAACUUCCCCUUCGCCCCUCCUUUUGUCCGCGUGACAGCACCCCGCAUCGAGAACGGCUACGUCCUGGACGGCGGCGCCAUUUGCAUGGAACUGUUGACCCCCCAGGGCUGGUCCAGCUCGUACACCACUGAGGCCGUAAUCCUGCAGCUGGGGGCCACCCUGGUGGCUGGCCACGCCCGCAUCUCGCAGAGCAAGAAGAAGCUGUUCGGCGAGAUACCGUUCAAUAAGCAGGAGGCUCUUGAGAGCUUCAACAACAUAGUGGAGACCCACAAGCGCUACGGUUGGCUUGAUCCACCUGGGGAGUUCAGCUGAUCACACUUGAUGAUUACACAAAACUUCUUCAUUGGAAACACGAUGUCAGAGAAGACAGUGCAGUUUACAAAGUCUGCACCAUUCACGACGCUCUCAAGUGCAGUGCCUAAAUAUUUUCUCGACUGAAAUGAGACGAUCAGAACAACGUGGUGUUUUCAGGCUGUGAGAAUUAUAACUUCCACGUUGAAGGUACCAGUCCAACAUUUACUUUCGGAUACUCUCAUUGACAUCUGGUGAAUACUAUCUGACAGACUGGUGAAAGACUGAUGUCACACAUCUGCAACGCAGAAAAUCUUGCUUACCAAACUGAUGUGCUAAGUAAAGAGUGGCAAUGAGCCUUUCACAAGUAAAACCAAAACCGCACUUUUUUGGCUGGCCUCUGUUUUUGCUAAUAUUUUCUGCAUUGGGUAAAUUUCUUUAAAAUGGGCCAUGUCCAAAUUACUUGUUUGCGGUAAUUUUGAAGUACACACUACUGUUUUGGGAAAUGACCAUAACCCUUACCGCGUGCGUAAUUUCAAACUGCAGAUAAAUGCAGAAAAGACCUUGGAAGCUGGACAUUAUCCUCCAAACGUGCGCUAAAUCCACAUCGGACCUGCCGUGGCAUCGGAGUGCCUUUAUGACCACCAAUGUCUGAAAAUGUGCCUAGUGUUUAAGUAGGGGAAAAGUUAAGUUGCAUCAUGGAGUUAAGUUCAACAAAAGUUCCCCAAUCUGAAAUUUGUAAAAUCCCACUUUUUUUUUUUUUUUUUGGGUUUUGGAUAUGUGUAAAAUGAUUAUGUAUAAGACAGUGUGUUUAUUCAGUAGGUAGGAGUUUGCACUGCGUCGUCUUUCGUUUUUCUUGUCGGUGAAGGCAUUGAGGCGCGGGUUUGGUAAACUCGUACCAACAACGUUGCUUUCUAGUUGAGUACCUUUGAGAAUUGUAAAUUUGAAUUUAAAAACAAUAUGUACGGCUCAUAUUUUGUUGUUCCACCAACCAACAAACCGAUAUUUUCUCACCUUUUUUCAGUUUAAUCUCUAAUCGUUGUGAAGGUUUGGUGAAGGUUUGCGCUUUAUGACUGCCUGUGAUCGUGCGCAACAAUGAAACCAAACGGGGAAAAAACAGAAACUCGACAUGCCUAUUUGGAGGAAACCUGACAAAUUUCAUUUAAAAAUUUCCUCUCAGAAGGACUUCAGCGUUUCAUGUUCUGUACGUCUAUUACGAGCUACUCACAGCGAGCGUUUAAAGACACAAUAAUGGACAUUUGUACGAAAAGAGCUCAAAUAAAGACAAUAAGCCACUUGCAUGUUAAAUUUGAAUAAAAUCUGGUACACUGUGUUAUCUGAUUGCACAGAAAUGUAACAGU